CCAUUCGGCUCAUAAAUAGGACGCUGGAGUCAACUUGUUGGUGUCACUUUCUUAGGUUCACAGCGGCAGAAGAGACGUCUGGUAGAAGUGCCUGUUGCCGUCAUGAAGACCCUCAUAUUCAUUGGCUGCCUGCUCUCUGUGGUGUUGGCCCACCCUGGCAACUCGAACAAAACGCCUCCAGAGAGACGCCCGGACAGGGAGCCGUGGAAAACGGAGAAAUUCCCAAACGUCCAUCGGCACGAGCCUGGAUUUGGGAGAACGGAGAAUUCUACCGCUUCAAGCAACAGGACGAUGACCAACAGUUCAUCUCAUGAAAGACUGGAGGGCAGGUGGCCACCUCACAGGAAGCCAUGGGAUGUAAACAAGCCAGGGGAAGGCUGGCACAACAAGCCAGAACACACCAGAAUGAACAAUUCUUCAACUUCAGCCAAUGGGACUGGAAAGUUGACAUCUGAAAAAGGAGGUCCGAAAGGGCCACACUUCGGUCAGAAUCCAGGGGUCUUCAGAGAAUGGGAAGAGAAGAUGUCAGGGCCAAGUGGAAUGAAUACAACAAAGGCAGAAAACGGGACCAGGAAUGAGAGACCAAAGCCGGAGCACCAGAGGCCUGAAGAGCCCAAGAAUGAGAAGAAACAAGAGAAGAAGCCAAUGAAUCCAACAAAGGCAGAACACGGGACCUUGAAUGAGAGACCAAAGCUGGAGAACCAGAAGCCUGAUGAGCCCAAGAAUGAGAAGAAAAAGGAGAAGAAGCCAAUGAGCAAGCCAGGAAAAGGUGGCGCGAAUGAGAAGGAGAAGACGAAUCAAAAGCCGCCAAAUAAACCGCAGUUUGUGAACAAAGGAAAAGGGCCGGCAGUAGCCGGGAACACCAGACAGCCCGGGACUGUCACAGGCUCCUCUGUCGUUUAAGCGGACCCCCAGUGUGUACGUACAUUUUUGUCUUUCAGUUGUGUGUGUCUGCCUGAUGUCUUUUUAUCCUUCUGAUUGCAGCAGCAGUUUCUAGUAUGGUAGUUUAAAUGG